GUUUCCCCCCCAGGAAGUGACGUUUACAGCGUGCGUUCCUUCCUCUCUGCCAGCGACAGAAAUGGCGGUCCCGGCUUCUAACUCCAACAACCCUAUCGUCUUCUUCGAUAUCAGUAUCGGGGGGCAGGAAGUUGGACGAAUGAAGAUUGAGCUUUUUGCAGAUGUCAUUCCCAAAACAGCUGAAAAUUUCAGGCAGUUUUGCACCGGGGAGUUCAGAAAAGAUGGCGUUCCAAUAGGAUACAAAGGAAGCACUUUCCACAGGGUAAUAAAAGACUUCAUGAUACAAGGAGGAGACUUCGUCAAUGGCGACGGCACCGGAGUGGCUAGUAUAUACAGAGGACCGUUUGCAGAUGAGAACUUUAAACAAAAACAUUCGGCUCCUGGCCUGCUGUCCAUGGCCAACAGCGGCCCCGGAACAAACGGCUGCCAAUUUUUUAUCACUUGCUCCAAGUGCGAUUGGCUGGAUGGAAAACAUGUGGUUUUUGGUAAAGUUAUUGACGGACUUCUUGUAAUGAGGAAAAUUGAGAAUGUACCAACCGGCCCCAACAAUAAACCCAAGCUGCCAGUGGUUAUCGCCCAGUGUGGAGAGAUGUAAUUACAGAUGUCCUUCACCAGGAUUUCCACAUAGCACCUUUGCAGGAAGAUGGAGAGGGCUGGUGUACCUUCACAUGUAUGAUGCAGAUGUACAUAAUGGGCUCCUGUUUUCUGCAGAGACGUUGUAAAUUGGACUACAGAAUAAGGAGCAGGACCAGCGGACUGUUUGAAAUGAGCGUUUCAAGGUAAGGAAACCUGUAUUGAGAGAAUAACUCUGGCUGCCCUCUGAAAAUGCUAGGUGCCUGGCAAGUCUCAAUAUCUUCUGCUAUAAAAGCAAAAAAGAAUGUGCAGACUAAGACACAGCUUUAAAAAGGCAAAAGUCCAGAAGCUGUUUGUGUUUUGAUGCCUUCUAAGUAGCUGACCAGGAUAAACAUGCAGCCUGUAAAAUCAGAAUUUUGACUCUGACAGAACUCAGAUCUAUCAUUCAUGAUCAGUGACUCAGAAAGCAGUGAGAACAGCCAGACAUCUAGCAUUUUCAGAAGCAGCAUUCAGCAUUGUUGGCCUGCCAAAGUUUCUCAGUGCAGGUUUCCUCUCCUGACAAAUGGAAUUUUCUUGACACCAUGUGACGCUUCUUUUUUUUCUUUUCUUUUUUUUUUUUUUU